CCAAGACGCUCACCACUUUACCCCUCCGCUGCUUUCUUUUGCUCUAUGUUCACUUGUCGCUUUCUUCCUGCGUCUCGUCCUUCUCUCAAGGUCCCCAUCCCAAGAAACUUCAUCCUAUCAGGAACCUCUACUAGGUUGUUGGCAACCAUGGCGUCAGAAACCUCCAAGUAUAAGCUUAAUCACACAAUGAUCCGGGUCAAGGACCCCAAGAGAUCAGUGGAGUUCUACAAGUUCCUUGGGCUCAAUCAGAUCCAGCAGCUCGACUUUCCCGAGAACAAGUUCUCCCUUUACUUCCUCGCCUACACUGGCCCCAUGCUGGAACUCACGCACAACUAUGGCACGGAGAAUGACCCAAAUUACACUGUUUCCAAUGGGAACACGGAGCCUCAUCGCGGUUUCGGACACAUCGCCAUCUCAGUCGACAACAUCGAAGCGGCCUGCAAGCGGCUCGAAGACGCUGGGUAUCAAUUCCAGAAGAAGCUCACCGACGGUCGCAUGAAGCACAUUGCGUUUGCAAAGGAUCCCGAUGGAUACUGGGUUGAGAUCAUCCGCCGCCACGACCAGGAUGUGGGGACUGCGACAGAUCCAGGUACCUACCGACUGAACCACACCAUGCUCCGGGUCAAGUCCGCCGAGACCAGUCUCAAGUUUUACCAGGAGGUUAUGGGCAUGACCCUUGUCCGCACUAUCGAAAACAAGGAUGCUGCCUUCAAUCUUUACUUCCUGGGUUACCCUGCAUCCAACCCCACUGCGCAGGAGGGCGCGAAGAAUCCUGUGGCUGAAUGGGAAGGGUUGCUCGAGCUUACCUGGAAUUACGGUACUGAGAAGCAAGAAGGCAAGGUUUACCACGACGGUAAUUCGGAGCCUCAAGGGUUCGGUCAUAUCUGUGUCUCUGUUGACGAUCUCAAUGCUGCCUGCGAUCGAUUCGAGUCGCUCAACGUGAAUUGGAAGAAGCGUCUGACAGACGGGCGGAUGAAGAAUGUGGCUUUCAUUCUUGACCCGGAUGGUUAUUGGAUCGAGGUGAUCCAGAACGAGGCGUUGAAACGUACCAGCAAUUGGUAAACAGUAGCCUGUCAGUAUCUGUCAGUAUCAUUCGAAUGUCAGUCGGGUCUGUGGGGGGUGUAAAUAGUCAUUCCAGUAUUAUUAGUCAAGCCUUCGCGUAACACUGCGUCCAUUAUUGUGGCUAUUUUCCUUUGCG